ACUAUAAAUAUGUAGUAAUAAACUUCAACAGUAAUCAGUUGCAAGUAGAAGUCGACCAAAUAAACAUACUAAAAUGGUAUCGAAGUUUGUCGUUGUAGCCCUCCUGGUAGCAGCUGCGCAAGGCAGCGCGGUGCACGGUGGCAAUUACAACAGCUUCUCCUACGGAGUGUCAGAUCCUCACACUGGUGAUGUCAAGAACCAGCAUGAGACCCGCGUUGGCGAUAGCGUGCGCGGGCAGUACUCCCUCUUGGAGUCUGAUGGCACAAAGCGCACUGUUGACUACUCUGCUGACCCACAUACAGGAUUCAACGCCGUCGUGCGCAAGGAUCCUCUAAUUGGACAUGGUUACGGUGCCGGUUAUGGUGCUGCCUACGGCGCUCACGCCGCUCCUCUUGCCUACGCCGCUCCUGUCGCCCACGCCGCUCCCUUGGCUUACGCCGGCCACGUUACUCCCGUAGCCUACUCUUCCCACGUCGCUCACGGCGCUCCUCUGGCUCACGGUCUUUAUAGUGCUCAUGGACUCAGCCUGGGCUAUGGUGAUCAAGGUCUUGGACUCGGAUACGGCACUCACGGCCUCGGUCUUGGCUACGGAAAUGGUCUCGGUUACGCAGCUGGUCUCGGCUACGCUGGUGGACUUGGAUACGGUCGUGGUCUCGGCUAUGGCGCCCACUACGGAGGAUGGUAAUUUAAUAAAGCCUUCCCAUUAAAAUACCAAACCAAAAGUGAUACUCAAAUCAAAAGCUGUGAUUUAUACUGAAAAUAAAAUAAAAUUAAAUAUUGUAUU